AUGGUAGAUGGCGUCCACGAUGGAGCCCCAGGCCGAUCGGGAGAUGCCGGCAGCCCAGGCCCCACCACCACCUUUAACUCUGGCUUCCUGUUGGUGAUGCACAGCCAAUCAGACACGUUCCUUUCCUGUCCAGCAGACAUGACACAACUGUGGACUGGCUACAGUUUGCUGUACCCGGAGGGCCAAGAGAAAGCCCACACACAGGACCUCGGUCAGGCYGGGUCAUGUAUGCGUCUCUUCAGCACCAUGCCUUUCUCCUACUGUAAAAUGGGCACGUGUGACUACGCCAGCUGCAAUGACAAGUCCUACUGGCUGUCCACCACAGCGGCAGUGCCCAUGAUGCCUGUGGUGGGCCGGGACAUCCAGCAGGACAUCAGCCGCUGCGUAGUGUGUGAGGCCCCCUCCCCUGCUGUGGCAGUCCACAGCCAGGAAAACAGCAACCCCUUCUGUCCCCCCAACUGGAGGAGUCUGUGGGUGGGAUACUCCUUCCCACCCAGUGACUUUAGUGACUUUAUGUGUUUCAGUACCUAA